UGACGGAUACCCAUCCGCAGCAGUGAAGUUCCGUGUACGAACUUCACGACCAACACACAGAAGAGAGAGAAACCAGCGAGAGGGACAAAGGGGAGGAGAGAGGAGAGAGGAGAGAGGAGAGAGGAGAGAGGAGAGAGAAAGGCAUGGGUGUGGACUACUACAAGGUUCUUCAGGUGGACCGCAGCUCCAGUGAUGAGGACUUGAAGAAAGCCUAUCGCAAGCUCGCCAUGAAGUGGCACCCCGACAAAAACCCUAACAACAAGAAAGACGCCGAAGCCAAAUUCAAGCAAAUCUCCGAAGCCUACGACGUUUUGAGUGAUCCACAGAAGAGAUCGGUGUACGAUCAGUUCGGGGAAGAGGGUUUGAAGGGGCAAGUGCCACCGCCAGGUGCUGGUGGGUUUAGCUCGUUCGGAGGGCCCAGCUCGUUCCGGUUCAAUCCUCGCAGUGCCGAUGAUAUUUUUUCUGAGUUUUUUGGGUUCUCGAGCCCGUUCGGAGGAAUGGGGGACAUGGGAGGCUCACGGGCCGGCGGGUCGGGCUUUCCGAGGGGUAUGUUUGGGGAAGACAUAUUUGCUUCUUUUAGGGGUGGCGGUGGAGAGGGGUCCGGCAAUGUUCCGCGGAAAGGGGCACCGAUAGAGCGAACAUUGCCUUGUAGUUUGGAGGAUUUAUAUAAAGGGACCACUAAGAAGAUGAAGAUUUCGAGGGAUGUUACGGAUUCUAGUGGGAGACCAACCACAGUGGAAGAAAUUCUUACUAUCGAGAUCAAGCCAGGUUGGAAAAAGGGAACAAAAAUAACUUUUCCAGAGAAGGGGAACGAACAGAGAGGUGUUAUACCAUCAGACCUUGUCUUUAUUAUUGAUGAAAAGCCUCACAGUGUCUUCAAGCGGGAUGGCAAUGAUCUCAUUGCCACUCAGAAGAUCACUCUGGUGGAAGCUCUUACGGGUUACACUGCACAGUUGACAACGCUUGAUGGGCGGAAUCUGACAAUACCCAUUACAUCUGUCAUUAGUCCCACCUAUGAAGAAGUUGUAAAAGGGGAGGGGAUGCCCAUCCCCAAAGAACCUACAAGAAAAGGGAAUUUGAGAAUUAAGUUCAACGUCAAGUUCCCUGCCAAGCUUACUUCAGAGCAGAAAACUGGCAUGAAGCGGUUAUUGACAUCUUCCUGAAGACUAAUGGUAGACUGCUUUAUCAAGUCAUGUAAGCUUGCAUUUGUUUUAUUUGCUUGGUCUUGUUCUGGAGAGCAAAGUCAUUUGCUGAUUUGUGAUUUCAUUAGAGUGGGUGUUUUGGAGUUCUAACAUAAUUGUCAAUGUUUAUUCAUUAUAAAUAUCA